UACUGUUAGCGUCGUAAUGCCUGGGACUCAUUCGAGACAUGCCUAAGGGACGCGAUGGGCCAAGGCGACGAGAACGAUCGCAUUGUAAUAAACGUGGGAGGGAUCAGACACCAGACUUACCGCAGCACCCUGCGCACUCUGCCGGGCACGCGAUUAGCCUGGCUCGCUGAACCCGAUGCGCACAGCCACUUUGACUAUGACCCCAAGAUUGACGAGUUCUUCUUUGAUCGGCAUCCGGGAGUGUUUGCGCACAUCCUCAACUACUACCGGACCGGCAAGUUACACUGCCCCGCAGAUGUGUGUGGGCCCUUGUACGAAGAAGAGCUUGCGUUCUGGGGUAUCGAUGAGACGGACGUUGAGCCAUGCUGUUGGAUGACCUAUCGGCAGCACCGUGAAGCCGAAGAGGCGCUGGAUAGCUUCGGCGGUGGAGCCCUGGAUAUGGGCAAUGAGGAGGUUGAUGGGGAUGGCAUGGGGGACUCGGGAGACGGCGACGAGGAGCUGGAGAUGACUAAGAGACUGGCAAUGGGGGACUCCCUAGAUGCCAAAUCUGCUGGACUUUGGAGGCGCUGGCAACGGCGCGUCUGGGCACUAUUUGAAGACCCGUAUUCUUCAAAAUAUGCAAGAUGGGUAGCAUUUGCAUCGCUCUUCUUCAUCCUGGUGUCCAUCACCACGUUCUGCCUGGAGACCCACGAGGCCUUCAACCCCAUCACCAAUCGCACGGAGACGGAGGUGGUGGAGAACGGCACCGUCGAGCGCGUAUUCCAGGAGACGGAGACGGUGGUUUACCUCACGUACAUCGAGGGCGUGUGCGUGGUGUGGUUCACCUUUGAGUUCCUCAUGCGCAUCACCUUCUGUCCGGACAAGCUGGAGUUCAUCCGAAACACGCUGAACAUCAUCGACUUUGUGGCCAUCCUGCCCUUCUACCUGGAGGUGGGGCUGAGCGGCCUGUCUUCCAAAGCUGCCAAGGACGUGCUGGGGUUCCUGCGCGUGGUGCGGUUCGUGCGCAUCCUGCGCAUCUUCAAACUGACGAGGCACUUCGUGGGUCUGCGGGUGCUGGGCCACACCCUGAGGGCCAGCACCAACGAGUUCCUGCUGCUCAUCAUCUUCCUCGCCCUGGGCGUGCUCAUCUUCGCCACCAUGAUCUACUACGCUGAGCGCAUCGGCGCCAAGCCCAACGACCCGCGGGCCAGCGAGCACACGCACUUCAAGAACAUCCCCAUUGGGUUCUGGUGGGCCGUGGUGACCAUGACCACCCUGGGCUAUGGGGACAUGUACCCCCAGACGUGGUCGGGAAUGCUGGUGGGUGCCCUGUGCGCGCUCGCUGGAGUGUUGACCAUUGCCAUGCCUGUUCCUGUCAUUGUUAACAACUUUGGAAUGUACUACUCAUUGGCGAUGGCUAAACAGAAGCUACCAAAGAAAAAAAACAAGCAUAUCCCACGGGCCCCUCAACUUGGCUCCCCUAAUUACUGUAAGUCGAGUGUAAACUCGCCACAUCACAGCACACAGAGCGACACGUGCCCCCUGGCACAAGAAGAGAUAUUAGAAAUAAACAGAUCAGGCCGUGAAUUCAUCCAGGUCAACAGAGCCCUGCAGGCAGAUUCCAAAGUGAAUGGGGAGGCAGCUAAGGCGGCGUUGGCCAAUGAAGACUGCCCUCAUAUAGACCAGGCCGUAUCGCCUGAGGACGGGCAGGCCUUUAGCCCGAACGACAGAAGCGAGCAGCCCUGCUUCCUCGUUGCCACGGGCGACAGGCGAGGCCACACAGGGGGAAGAGUGAGGAAGGAUGCCUGUAAAGAGGAAACAGUCCUAGUUAAGUAUAUGCAAGCAGAGGCUCUCAAAGUGACCUGACGGGGGCCUGAUAUUGUCUUAAAGGUGGACAUUACUUAAGCAUCCUUGAUUCCACAAUGGAUGAAAUACACAAAUGGGAUUUGGGGGUUGGACAGACAGUGUGUGAGAGAGGGAAAAGCAGUGAGACAGAGACAAAGGGACGGAGGACAACAUUGGAUGUCUCUAAUCUCACUCCAAAUGGUGUAAACUUUUUUUUUCUAAAAUGUAAAGAAAAUGAAAGCAGAAGAUGAUAUCAAACCUUUUGUGAAAAUGUGGUUUUCAGAUGUGGAUUUUUUUUCCCAAGAAAGGACCAUACAAAGACAACAGAAGACUCGAUGUGAAGAAGACAAUGGGGCUAUUUUUGCAGCCAAAAUAAAAACAAGGAAUAAACAUAAUAAGCAAAGAGUAACAGUAACUGUUAAUCAUGGUAAUAAUACCGAUAUUGUCAUCAGAUAAUGACAACUGUAGAAUUCUAUCUGUUCAUUUAGCAUGAGUUGCAUGGUGAAUUACAAAAAAAAAGAAAAAAUGUCAUCCUGAUGAAUAUCUGUAAGAAAAAAAAAAAAAAUUCUUCCCAAAGCUCCUUACUGUUACAUAACUUUUAGCCAAAAUAUAAGAGAACAGGAAAUAGUGUCAUUUUCCCUUAAUUUGGUCAGCCAGUUAUUUGGUCUUUCCUCCAGUCAUUUAUCUUCUGUUGAUGGACACAUUUAAAUGAGGCAGCUCUGGUCAUAUUGACUACCGCCUUUCAUUUUAGAAACAUACUUGAGAAAUCCAGAAAAAAAAAGUUCUCAGUGUAGUUUAAUAAGCAAAUUAAUUUAGACUUUGUUUCUGUUGGCAUGCUUGUGACCCUGGAACGUAUAAAAAAAAAAUCUGCUGGGCAAAAAACUUUAUUUUUUAUGGUAUAAUUAUUGGUGUUUAGAUCCCAUGUGGAAACAUGCAGUGCGACGUUGUUCAUAUCACAUAUUAAGUAUUGACUUUUAACAGUGUUAUUUUUAAAGGACAUUUUUAAAAGAGCUAAAAACUGGAUGUCCUACUUUAAAAGUUGGGAGAGAACAAACGUGGCUAACUCUCUAACUCAAAUGUUAAGUCAUGAAAAAACAACAAAAAGAAAAAACACGAGAGCAUUGUAUGCAAUUUAGUACUUGGGGGGAAGUGAAUGCAUGCACAAUGUUAUGCAAGAUAAGUAAUUAAAUAAAAUAAAAGAUACUAGCAUGAAAUAAAUUUUUUAUCAAACCUG